CGCGGACCAUGGCAGGCGAAGGGUGGCGCGCCGAGCCGGAGCUCGAGGGGUGGACAGCGCACGUCACCCCUAGGGCCCCCCUGCGACAAGGAAGACGGACGUCCGCACCUCAAGAUGGCGGCGGAAGAAACGCCCUCGCGUACGGAAGCCCCUCAGCUCGGCGUAGUCGCCGACGGGAAGUGAGAUUCUCGGAGCUCCCGCCCCAAGUGUAUGGCGACUUCGAGCCGCUGGCGUACGAGGGAAGUGCUCCGGUGGAAAAGCGGACCUCGACACAAGAGUUCCGCCUUGUGCCUGAGAGAGAGGAAGUGGAAGAGAGAGCCUAUUAUUACCGUAGGUCUCGGCCGCAAGCACGCCCCUCGCGCUCUGGACCGGUGGAGAUGAAUACGAGAAGAACGACCCGGCUGCAACAGCAGGAGGCCCAGACACCGCAGCCCCCCUCGCCAGCCACUACGAGGAGAGGGCUGCGGGACCUGCAGUCCUCCGAAGGUGAGGGCAGCGGAGCCGGUCGCCGCCGCCGAGAGGAUGAACCAUCUUCCCAAACCAUCAUAAGCCAGACAGUCUCAAAGAAAUCAGUCAGGAGAGUACAAGAGAUACCAGCUAAUGAGGAUACUACAGGUUUAGCUGACCUUCUUAGACCACCUAUAAAAAGUUCCGGAUCUGAUUACUCCUCAUUUGGGACAAAUGGAAAUACUAAAAUGAAGGAAACAGGAGCCACUAGAAUGCAGAAGGUUGAGUUCUCUGAAGAAGGAGAAACUGAAGAGGAGGAGGCAGAACAUCAUAACAUCUCUGACAAUGAUGUGAAUCCUCUCAGCCACAGUGAUGAGGAUUCUACUAAGUCAAGAGGCCAAGAAAUACAACUUCCCAAUAAGCAGUCACCAUUGCUAACUUCCCAGGCUCCAAUAAAAACUCAGGAGUGGUCUGGACAGAAUGCAAGACUACGGACAAAAUCACCAACAUCUACAGUAGGCCAGAACUUGAUUCAUGAUCAUUUUUCAGAUGAUGAUAACUUCCAUAAAUCAAAACUUAGAAACAAAUCAUUAUUAUCUGUCAACCAAAAUCAAUCCAAAAAGAAGUCAUCUGUCAAAGUGUGGCUGCUGGUAGGGUUAGUGCUAUCCCUUGUUACUUCCAGUUUCUUCUUUCUCUGGACUUCAACCCCAAAUGUAGAAACAACUGCUGUGCAGAAAUUCCAGAACCAGAUGAAAAAACUUAUGAAUAAGUACCGAAGUCAGGAUGAAAAGUUAUGGAAAAGGAGCCAGAUGUUCCUGGAGAAACACCUGAAUAGCUCCCAUCCUCGGCCCCAGCCCGCCAUCUUGUUGCUGACUGCUGCCCAGGAUGCUGAAGAAACGCUAAAAUGUCUAAGUGAACAGAUUGCAGACGCCUACUCCUCCUUCCAUAGGGUUCGUGCAAUCCGAAUUAAUGGGACUGACAAAUCUACCCAAGACAGUGACCAUGUGAAAUUUCAAGUUGAUCGGAAACUGAGCGAUGGGUUCAGCAAUGGCCAGAAUGCAGCUGUGGUUCACCGUUUUGAAUCCCUCCCCGCAGGCUCCACCCUCAUCUUCUACAAGUACUGUGAUCAUGAAAAUGCUGCCUUCAAAGAUGUGGCCCUAAUUCUUACAGUCCUACUGGAAGAAAAGACCUUAGGAACUGAUUUAGGCCUGAAAGAGAUUGAAGAAAAAGUGAGGGAUUUUCUCAAGGCCAAGUUUACCAGUUCAGACACCCCUAACUCCUAUAAUCACAUGGAUUCAGAUAAACUAAGUGGACUGUGGAGCCGUAUCUCCCAUCUAGUAUUACCUGUCCAGCCUGAAAAUUCCCUGAAAAGUGGGGUGUGCUUAUAACUGUUGGGAGAAAAGGAAAUAUGCCUCACAUCCCAAGAACUUCUCAAGCCCUUUGACCAGUAAUAAGAAUCAGAGCUCUUUUUGCAAGAACUAUUUUCUUUUUAAAGGAAAUUAAAGUUCUGUUGUAAACAUAGGACAUAGUGAAUGCAAAGCACUGUAAAUGCUUUUAAUUUCUAAGUCAUCUUAAGGUCUAAAGAGGAUCUUUUUCUUUGUUACUUGCAGAAUAGCAAAAAGUUUCAGUUUGUUUGCAGGUUCUACAAAGAGUUCUCUUUGAAAAACUGGGGCAGAAUCAUUCUAGGUUUGGUCUGAUUAAUGAAUUGAUAGACUUCCCUUCCCAACACUUUUCAAAUUUUUUAGUUUUGAGUUUUCUUCCAAAGCUUUCUUUGCUCCUGCCCUGCCCCUGUCCUCGACACCCUUAUCCCCAGUACUUAUUCUUUUGCUUAAUAGUAUGGCAGCUCCUCAUAGCUAUGGACUUUUCUGUUCUCUUUCCUCUAGCACAUUUUUCUUUUUAGGCAUUGUUUUUUAGAAUAACAGAAGCACUGGAAGUUUUCAAGUGUUGGGGAAAUGGGGAAAGGUGGGCAGGAAUCUUGCACAAAAUUAAAUUUAACAAUAAGCCAUUGAGACUUGGAUGAGAUUCUAGGUGUUUUAUAGCAUCCUUAAUAUCUCAGUUAAUAAUUCAAUUUUUCCUUUUUAGUAUAGCCAUCUUAAAAUAUUCUUCUUCCCAAAAGAAAUUUCUGAUCCUGAUAAGAUUUGGAAGACAUUGUAUAUUACAAGACUAAGACUCAUUGAAAGGGUGAGCAAAUUCUCGAUAGUUUAUUGGUAAACAUAUAGGUUAAAGCUCUUGAUUUUAAUAAAAAUUAAACUUGCAGGGUCAGUAAAUAAUAUUGACUUCUUUCUGUAUAUAUGUUUUAUUCUGAGUCAUUUAAUGAAACUCCAUGAAGAAUAUGAAGAUUUACUAUGCAUAUAAGUUUAUUUUGAAUGCCUCAUGCCAAAAAGAAAAUAAAGUACCACAGAUGAAGAAUUUUUAAAUGUAUAUUUAAUGUACUUCUAUAUUUCAGUUUUAACUUUCAAUCUAUAAUUUAUAGUAUUCCUGUCUCUUAAGUUGCUGUAGUUUUUCUUAGAUUCUUAUAAUUAUGGAGUGACCUAUGGAGAUUUUUUGUUUGUAAAACUUGGGAAAUCUUUAUUCUUUGAGUGUUGUUAGAGCUAGACAUUGGUUUCAUAAUUGCCUUUGCAUAAUGACCUACAUUUGAUAGUAAAUAAAUGGAUAGGUGGUUCAAUUCUUUGGUGAGGCUACCUACAUUUCAUAAACCACAUCCUUAUUAAAAUGAUUUUUCUGGCAAUCCAAAGUCAUAUUAUUUGAAUCGUCUUAUUAAAAAAGUUUCCAAACAAAGAGGAAAUGAUAGAAAUAUUGUCAUUUUAUAGCUACAAAAAGCAUUGGGUAGGGAAGUUAAUGUUUUUAUUAAAUGUUUUGCUGACCAAAUAAUUUUAAGUGAUUAAUAUGCUACUAAUUGUACCUUUUGGAAACAUUAAUUGUAGCAGCUGAUUUAUAAAUGACUUUCAAAACUAUUUUAGUAAUUUAAAUAAAUUUACUUUUUUGGUUUUUA